AUGGAGAGGCCGCGACAAUUGGUGAAAGACGAGCGGCGAAUGCGUGCGACAAGCGGUGAGGCGGAGGCACGACAAAUGGGACAGGUGAGCGGUGAUCUACGAGUAGUGAGGGCUAGAUCCGAGAGACUGUCGAUCAUUGCAAACAAAGCCAUCGUCCUGGACUCCAAGCCAAGUCUUCAUGCCACCAAAGACUUCCGGCGGGACAGCGUCUUAGGAGAGGGAGGCUUCGGCUCGGUUUACAAAGGUUGGAUUGACGAGAGCACACUGGCGGCAUCACGACCCCGCUCGGGUAUCGUUGUGGCCAUCAAGAGGCUGAAACAGGACGGGUGGCACAAGGAAUGGUUGACUGAGAUCAACUACCUGGGGCAGAUUAGUCAUCUGAAUCUCGUGAAGUGA